AUGGAGCUCAUGCAAGCCAACGACUACCCGAAGUUAUCCGAUGGUCCGGUCGGCAAGCAGAUUCAUAGCAUCUACGAGAGCCGCUUGAGGCAGUUCUUCGAUGGUGGCCAAUACCGAGAACAGAGUCUCAUAGGCAAGCUCACCGAAGCCGUCGCGUCGGGUCCCGAGUGGAUCAAGCUAUCCGUCUACUCGCCUCCAGAUCUCUCGCGUCCCCUCUUCGAUGAGGCGACAUCACACGCGUUCCAUCCGACAAAGGUCGGCGAAUCCUUUGGCCCCAGUUGGUCGACGCACUGGUUCAAGGUCCAGCUCACCCUUCCCGACUACUUGCUAGACAAGGAACAUCUUGAGUUCGUCUGGGACGCCAACAACGAGGGCUUGAUCUGGACUGAAGAUGGACGUACCGUCCAUGGCUUGACGGGCGGAGGUGAGCGUACACAAUGGAUACUGCCCAAGGCGUUUAGAGACGGCAAGGAGCAUACCUUCUACAUUGAGAUGGCCUGUAACGGCAUGUUCGGCAACGCGCCUGGUGGCGACUCUAUUCAACCACCGAAUCCCGACAGGUAUUACACCCUCCACACUGCCGAGGUCCAGGCUGUCAAUCUAGACGCCAGAGGACUCUACUUUGACUUCUGGGAGAUAUCAGAUGCCGCCCGUGAGUUCCCUUCAGAUUCAACCCAAAUCCACGAUGCACAGCAGGUCUGUAAUCGCAUCAUGGAUACCUUCAUUGCUGGCAACGGAAGUCGAGAGAGCAUCAAGGCAGCACGUAAGAUUGCUGCCGAGUAUGUCGGAAAUAAUGUCGAUUCACACAAGGUAUACCAAGGCGACCAAGAAGCUAUUGUCCAUGGUAUUGGGUACUGUCAUAUCGACACCUGUUGGUUGUGGCCUUUUGAUGAGACCAAGCGCAAAGUCAACCGCUCCUGGUCCAACCAGUGUGAUCUCAUUGACCGCUAUCCCGAGUUGCGUUUCUGCUGCUCCCAGGCACAACAGUACAAAUGGUUGGAGCAAUACUACCCAUCCACAUUUGAUCGUGUCAAGAAGAAGGUCAAGGAGGGUAGCUUCCAGCCGAUUGGCGGUAGCUGGGUCGAACACGAUACUAACCUGCCUGGUGGAGAAUCGCUAAUCAGGCAGUUCUUGUACGGCCAGCGUUACUUUGAAAGCAAAUUUGGCCAGCGUUGCCGCACCUUUUGGCUGCCAGAUACCUUCGGGUACUCCUCACAGCUACCACAAAUCUGCCGCAUCUCAGGAAUGACUCGUUUCCUGACACAAAAGCUUAGCUGGAACAACAUCAACAACUUUCCCCACACCACUUUCAACUGGGUUUCACUCGACAACAGCCAAGUCAUCUGCCACAUGCCGCCCUGCGAAACAUACACAUGCGAGGCCAAUUUUGGUGAUGUCAAACGCAGUGUUACACAGCACAAGUCCCUUGACCAAGACAAAACCUCGCUGCUUGUUUUUGGAAAGGGAGAUGGAGGUGGUGGCCCAACAUGGCAGCACUUGGAGAAGCUGAGGCGAUGCCGUGGUAUAAGCGAUACUGCCGGACUGCUGCCUCGCGUCAAGCUCGGUGACUCUGCCGAUGACUUUUUCGACCGUCUGGAAAAGAAGGUGGCCAAUGGCGAUGAGUUGGUAACAUGGUACGGCGAGCUGUACUUCGAGCUCCACCGUGGAACAUACACCACCCAGGCAAACAACAAGCGCAACAACAGAAAGUCUGAGAUUAUGCUUAGAGAUAUCGAAUACCUUGCGACAUUGGCAACCAUCAAGAAUGGCUUCGGAAAGAAGAGCACAUACAAGUAUCCGAAGAAGGAGAUUGAUGACAUGUGGGAGAAUGUUUUGUUGUGCCAGUUCCACGAUUGUCUGCCUGGAAGUUCAAUUGAGAUGUGCUACGAUGAUUCUGAUCGCAUUUAUGCGUCGGUUUUCGCUACCGGGGAGAAACUGCUUUCUGACGCGCUGGCUGAGCUGGGCUUCAGUGACCACAUCACCUGGAACGAAAACACCAAGCUCAUGGCCAUCAACACUUUGCCAUGGAAUCGCUGUGAGGUCAUCAAACUUCCUGCUGGGGCACGCCAGUCUGUAUACGGUCAAGAAGAGACCAGAUAUGGUCUCGCCUACAGCAAUGGAUCGAACAAGGGCUUUGGAGCCCUGGAAAUCGCUCCAAUGGCUUCCCGUAUCCCUGAAUCCAAGGCAUUCAUUGAAGAGAUUCGCCCCAACGUCUACCAGAUGCGUAACUCCCAGUUCGAGGUAGAGGUUACCGACGGCGCUAUUACCUCACUCUUCGAUAUUCAAGCUAAGCGUGAGCUCAUUCCAAAGGGCGCCAAAGCCGGCCAGCUUGUCAUCUUUGACGACAAGCCACUCUACUGGCAGGCGUGGGAUGUAGAAGUGUAUCAUUUGAAGUCACGCCAGGAGCUUAAACCCAGCAAAGUCACCAUCACCGAGAAUAGCAUGCACCGGGUGAGCCUGGAAGUCGAAACCAAGAUCUCAGACAAGUCGUGGAUCAAAACAACAAUGUCCCUGCCGGCUGCUGGUACCACUCCAUCAGCCAUUGAAUUCGACGCAGAAAUCGAAUGGCACGAGACGAUGAAGUUCCUCAAGGUGGAAUUCCCCGUCGACAUUGUCAACACCGAAGCCAGCUACGAGACACAAUUCGGCAUCGUACGCAGACCCACGCACUACAACACGUCGUGGGACAUGGCCAAAUUCGAAGUUUGCUGCCAUAAAUGGGCCGACCUCUCCGAAGCUACAUACGGCGUCUCCAUCCUCAACGACAACAAGUACGGCUUCGCAACCGCAGGAAACGUCAUGCGUCUCUCUCUGCUCCGCGCCCCCAAAGCCCCAGACGCACACGCAGACAUGGGCAACCACAAGACGCGCUACGCCAUCUUCCCACACGAGGGCCCGCUGGACCACCGCACCAUCCGCAAAGCCUUUGAAUUCAACAACCCCCUCAAGAUUGUGGGCACUAGUAGUACCCAGGACAAGCACGAUGCCAGUCUCCUCAACCCGUUCCACAUUUACAACGCUCCAAAUCUUGUUCUCGACACUAUCAAGCGUGGCGAAGACGACGAGGACGUAUCGAGGGGCGAGUUGCCGGUCAAAAAGGGCCACAGCGUUAUUCUACGCAUUUACGAUGCGCUAGGUGGCAAGAGUAAAGGUGUUUUGACGUGGGGCAAUUUGAACGUGACAAAGGUGACCAAGGUGAAUGCGCUCGAGGAUGAAGAGGAAAAUACCGAGGUGCUGAGGAUUUGCUCGCUGAGAACUGGGGACGCAGAGGCUAUGGAGACGGGUGUCGAGGUUGAAGUUAGGGCGUUUGAGGUGGCGACUUACAAAUUGUUGCUUGGAUGA